GUGUAGCUGAGCAGCACUGAAGGCUUUUGGAAAACAAGGGCAGAUAACAUAGGGAGCCCAGAAGAAUCACCUUCUUUGCCAGAACACGCACAUCCAGCCCAUCCACCUGCAGGGGCUCACCUCUUCUAUUUGGACCAGACUCCACUGGAGUGAAAACUCUACUGCAUUGACACAGUAUUGUACCUCAAAGUUUUUCAGAGAUGAAUGAAAAAAAUACAACAUAUGUAAAUUUGAAAUACCUUUCUUCCAAAAAGCACAUGCAAAAAGAAAAUGAUACAGAGGAUAAUUUUGGUAAAGUUAGAAUACAUGACUUCCCCAGAGAAGAAAACAAACAGAAGAGGAAUCAGAAUGCAGGAUCUUCAGUUCCAUUUACCUGGUGUCUCACUGUUGUGAUCCUUGGAAUCUUCUGUUUCUUUCUUCUUGUAACAACUGUAAUUUUGGGACUCAUGGUUUUCCAGGGUCAUCAGGAAUGCCAGCCACAGAAACCACCACUGGACAAUGUUACACAGGAAGACAAUUCCAUGUUCAAAAUCAUAACUUUCACAGAGGAACCACUUCACACAGCAUACACACUGAGUGGUCCAAGAAAUAUCACAGCUUCUCAAACAAGUAAGAACAGCACAUGUGAGAAGAAACAAUCAUGCAGUGGAGAGAAGUGUUAUUAUUUUUCAUGUGAAUUGAAGACCUAUGAAGAGAGUAGAAAACUCUGCAAGAAAUUUUAUACCACACUUCUUAAGAUAGAAGAUGAAAAAGAAUUGAAGUUCAUUCAAAGCCAACUGUCCUCUAAGACCUAUUACUCUUGGAUUGGAUUGUCCCGUAAAGGAGACAACAAUUUCUGGACAUGGGAAGAUAACUCACCACCCUCAUUACCCUCCCUGUUCUUUAUCACAAACAACAGGCAACAGACAAAGACUGGAAGCUGUGUGAGGAUAUCAGUAAGGAAGAUGCAAGUUUCUGACUGUUCCAGACCCUCCAACUAUGUUUGCGAAAAGAAGAAUGCUGGUCAUGCUACCUAAUAAUGAGAACAAAAAAGCAACCACAGAAGACAAGUACAAUAAAUUUUCCUUCUAAAAACUCAGCUUCUUGGGAGUCCUAGGUUCUCUGUUUCAUUUCAGAAUAUCCUUGUGUGGUUUUUUUUUAAUGGGCUCUACCAGUUUUCUAGCCUGUGCAUGACAUAAGGCUGGAAUAGUGGGUACAUCACAAUGAGAUACACCAGA